AUGAGAUGUACCCUCUGGCAGCUUCUACCCAUGGGUUGCGACUCGAUUCCAACAACUGAUUUACAAUUUGACCCCUCCUCAGGAAAACCAGCACAACUUCACGUACACGAUCGCAUCUUCACAAAUACAACAAUCAAGAUGCCUGGAGAACCAAAGCUCGGAACGUUCAACGAGUCUGAGACUCGUCUCCUCUGCUCGAUUCUCAGAAAUAUCAGCGUCGAGGUCAACCUGAAUCAGCAUGUUGACUGGGACGCCGUUGCCCAAGAGACGGGGUUGAAGAAUGCAGCUACUUCUCGGACUCGGUUCCGUCAAGUCCGGGAUAAGCACAACUUCAAGAAAGACGCUCCUUCUCCUUCCAAGAGCGAGACCGCGUCACCUCGCAAAAGCUCAGGUGUCAAGAAAGCUACGGGUCGAGUCGGUGCCAAGGGAAAGAAGGCCGCCGUUGAGGCACCUGUUGCUUCCUUCGACGAAGAUGAGGGUAUCAAGCGUCAACAUGCUAUCUUCAAGCUCGGGAGCUCCGGACAGCUCAACAAGGGAGACUCCGAGGACUCGCAGUACUAGAAGAUGACCUCUGCUCGCGAGAAAUGACUGGAUGAGUCCCAGAGUAUUGGCUGAACUUGGCUUAGGAGGC